AGGUGAUGAAGACGAUAAUCAACCAUUGGGGGAUGUAGUUAAUGCAUUCAAUUUUUCUGGUUAGUUUCGUACGGAAAUCUUACGUCCCAAAACAAUUGGUCGAGAAUCUAAACCAGGGAAACCCCCCAAGAUACAAAGGCAUCGGGGGAAAGAAUGUUCAUAUUAUUAAUAAAAUAUCUUGUUAUGUAAAGUUUAAUAAAAAACUGAAUAAAAUUGAAUUGAACGUUAUACCUGAUGAUGCUAUGGUUAUACCAAUUAUUUUGGGACGCGAUUUCCUCAGUAUAUUUAAUAUCAGAUUAACGAAAAUCAAGACAAAAGGUAAACAAGUUACUGAUGUAGGGGGCAAAAGUAAUUUAGAUUUGCCCGAGACUCCUCAACCUGUAAUUGGUUCUAAAGCAUCCUCAUUCAUGGCGCAGUCCAGUUUUGAUGAAAACAAACACCUUUCGAGAAAUUUAACUGCCGAUAACUGCCGGGAAAAGAUUAAUGCCAGCCCGAUUGGUUUACCUGAUAUAUUUCACAUAGACAUUCCUUAUGACAGAAUCGAGGUUGAUAUAAAUGACGUUCUUACAAAGGAUGAAAGUUUUAAAUUGAAACAAAUUAUACAGUAUUUACCUUAACCCUAAUAUGAAAUGUGAACCUCUUAAAUAUGAAAUGAAAAUUAGACUAAAAAGUGAAGUUCCCUUCUACUGUAGUCCUCGUCGACUGUCGUACCUUGAACGUAGUGAAGUACGAAAUAUCUUAGAUGAACUUUUGAAUGAAAACAUAAUAAGACCAAGCGACUCUCCAUACGCCUCUGCCAUUGUGCUGGUCAAGAAGAAGACCGGGAAAACUAGAAUGUGUGUGGAUUACAGGCCACUCAACAAAUUAACCCUUAGGGACAACUACCCAUUGCCGCUUAUUGACGACUGCAUAGAGUAUUUACAAAACAAGAGAUUCUUUUCGGUGCUGGAUUUGAAAAGCGGAUUUCAUCAGGUCCAGAUGGCUUCUGAUUCUAUACCAUAUACGUCUUUCGUAACCCCGCAUGGACAGUUUGAAUACCUGAAAAUGCCAUUUGGGCUGAAUAAUGCUCCCGCGGUAUUCCAAAGGUUUAUCAACAACAUUUUUCGAGAUAUGUUAGAUGAGAAAAAAAUUAUUAUUUACAUGGACGAUAUAAUUAUCGCCAC